AUGGAGGGGCGCGGGAACCCUCCGCUCAACACCACUGAUGCUGUGAUCAAGAAGCCAAGGAGUGUCGCUUCCAGGAAGCCAAGGUCCACGGAGCAGCUCACCUCUGAGUACAAUGGCAUUUGCCCGCCGUCUCGGAGCGCUCCCCAUGACGAGGACACUGGCGUUGAAGCUGGUGGGCAUCGGAGGAAAGAGCUACACCUAAAUAGCCCUGAAAUGAAGGGCUCCACGGCUCAUAGGAGUGACGUGCCCAGGAAGAUAAGAAGGGAUGAUAGAUCUGGAGGCGACCAUGAUGGCCAUGGUCGGAGCAGCAAAACGAAGGAUGCCGCCAAGCAUGGAAGUGAUGGUGCUCUUGCCCUAGAGUGCACAGCAAGAAACAAUGGAUCCCCUGAUAACCCACAGUUGGUCCCCAGAGAUGACUCUGUGCCUGGUGAAAAUAGGCCGAGAAAAGUAAAGCUCAAAGUUGUUGGGAUUAAUCGAACCCUACAUACCAAAAUUGGCCAGGAUGCUGGUGGCAGUGGCAUUCCUGCCACGUCGGAUGGCUCUAUUCAUCAGUACAAGCAAAAGGAUUCUGCUGGUCAAGCAAACAAAGAUACCCAUGGUAAUCGUGUUGAAGGAAAAUAUGGCAACAGGCACGAAAUUUCUCCGUCUUCUGACCUUGUUCGCAAGAGCAAAAGGAUUCCUAAGAAGAAAACACUUGAUGGAGAUUCUGAUGAUGAAGAUGGUGAAUUGCGCUACCUGGAAAAACUCAAAGGGGCUAAAGUUGCACCAGAUCCUGUGAACACUGGCCAUGAAGCUUAUGAUUUUGGUGAUGAUGCUCUCAAGAAAAAGAAGCUAUCCAAGCUUUCUAAAAAUAAGAGCACCCCAUAUGAAGUGGACGAGGACUUCAGAAUGUCUCGAUCUGGCAGGGAUGGUAGGAAGAAGUCGAAUUUAGGGGAUGACAAUGAGUUUAUAGAAGAGGAGGAAUCUGAGAUGGAUGAAAAGAAUGGGCUAAAGGAAGCUGAUUCACCUCAAGAUGUGAAGAUUGAAACCCCUGGUCUUACAACAAGACAGCGAGCCCUUCAAGGCAGGGGUGGGAAUGGUGAAAGCUUUAUUGAAUUUCCUGAUGGAUUACCAGCAGCUUCAUCAAGAAGGCAAAAGGAGAAGCUCUCAGAUGUGGAGAUACAAGCCAAAAAAGCAGAAGCUGCGCAGAGGCGUAAGAUGCAAGUUGAGAAGGCAGAGAAAGAACAACAGGCUGAAGCAAUGAGGAAGAUAUUGGGUAUAGAUUCUGAGAAGAAAAAGGAAGAGAAGAAGCUGAAAGAACGGGAAGAGAGGGAAAAACAAGCAAUAUUGGAAGAAUACAGGAAAAACUGCGUCCGGACUGUCAUGAGCCCAACUGGAACUGUGAUUACAUUCCCUGAGAGUAUGGGGCUUCCGAGCAUAUUUAACUCCAAACCUGUCAGCUAUCCGCCUCCAAGGGAGAAGUGUGCAGGCCCAUCGUGCACAAACCCAUACAAGUACCGCGACUCCAAGACGCUGCUCCCUCUCUGCAGCCUGGCGUGCUACAAGGCUGUCCAGGGCUGUCCUCCUGCCCAGGGAAGUGAAGGUGGCCAUGGAAGCAGUGCUGCCCAAGGGAGUGAAGCUGGCCAUGGAAGCAGUGCUGCCCAGGGUAGCGAUGCUGGCCAGGGAAGUGUCCCUACCCAGGGAACUGACGCUGCCCAGGAAAGUGCUGGGAAGCAAGCAUGA